UAUUUUAUUCUUUUCAUACCCAGUGAAAAAAGAAAAAGAAAAAAAAAAGGCGUCUCUGUUUCAUUUCAUGGGAGAGAGCAAGAGCAGGAACAGAUCAAGUGCAGAAACUUUCACAAAAUCUAGUAGAGUGUUUUUCUACAAAUUGAAACAAGCUUCAAAACCCUAAAAUUUACUUCAAAUUUAGAUCGAAAACAGUAGUUUGAGGCAGUAUUACAAGUAACAGAGAGUAAGGAUGGGGUGGGGAACAGCGAUUUACGAGGGAGUGGUGGUGGUUGGGUCACUCUGCUUAUUAGGUUGGACCGGGCUUUGGUUUUUGAACCGGAGACUGUACAAAGAAUAUGAAGAGAAAAGAGUGUUAGUUCAGAUCAUAUUCAGUGUCGUUUUUGCCUUCUCUUGUAAUCUCCUUCAGCUUGUUCUUUUCGAGAUCAUUCCUAUUCUCUCCAAAGAGUCAAGAUGGAUGAACUGGAAGGUGGAUCUGUUUUGCUUGAUAUUGUUAUUGGUGUUUAUGUUGCCUUAUUAUCAUUGCUACUUGAUGCUUUGUAACAAUGGUGUAAGGAAGGAACGGGCUGCUCUAGGAGCCAUCUUAUUCUUGCUGGCAUUUCUUUAUGCUUUUUGGCGCAUGGGCAUUCAUUUUCCUAUGCCUUCACCUGAUAAAGGUUUCUUCACCAUGCCUCAGCUAGUGAGCCGAAUCGGGGUCAUUGGUGUGACUGUCAUGGCAGUUUUAUCUGGUUUUGGAGCUGUAAAUUUGCCAUAUAGUUAUUUAUCCCUCUUUAUCAGAGAAAUUGAGGAAUCGGAGAUCAAGGCUUUGGAAAGGCAAUUAAUGCAAUCAAUAGAGACAUGUAUUGUGAAGAAAAAGAAAAUAAUUAUUUCUCAGAUGGAGAUGGAGCGAAUUCAAGGAUCAGAAGAGAAGUUAAAGGCCAGAUCUUUCUUUAAACGGAUUGUUGGAACAGUUGUACGAUCAGUUCAAGAUGACCAAAAGGAGCAAGAUAUUAAAAACUUGGAAGCAGAGGUGCAAGCUUUAGAGGAGCUCUCAAAGCAGCUUUUCUUGGAAAUAUAUGAACUUCGUCAAGCUAAGGAGGCAGCUGCUUUUUCUCGGACCUGGAGGGGUCACAUGCAGAAUCUACUUGGCUAUGCAUGCUCUAUCUAUUGUGUAUACAAAAUGAUUAAGUCUUUACAAAGCGUUAUUUUCAAGGAGUCUGGCUCGGUAGAUCCUGUGACAAGGACUAUUAGCAUAUUCUUGCAGUUCUUUGAUAUAGGAAUUAAUGCUGCAUUAUUGUCACAGUAUAUUUCGCUGUUAUUCAUCGGAGUAUUGGUUGUCAUAUCAGUUCGAGGGUUCUUAACAAAUUUAAUGAAGUUUUUCUUUGCAGUGUCCAGAGUAGGGAGUGGAUCAUCAAGUAAUGUUGUACUUUUUCUGUCUGAAAUUAUGGGAAUGUACUUUCUCUCUUCUAUUCUUUUGAUCAGGAAAAGCUUAGCAAAUGAAUACAGGCUGAUUAUAACAGAUGUAUUGGGUGGAGAUAUUCAGUUUGACUUCUAUCACCGGUGGUUUGAUGCCAUUUUCGUAGCAAGUGCUUUCCUUUCUCUGCUUUUGCUUUCUGCGCAUUAUACAUCUCGCCAGUCUGAUAAACACCCAAUUGAUUGAUUUACUCAUUCUGGAGCAUACUGAUAAGAUGUUAACUACCAUUUCAAGGCCAAACAAGUCGUAUUUGGAUCUGUCCAUUAUAGUGGACCUUAAGAGGUGCAGUUGCCUAGUAUAUAAAGAAAUGGCAUGUACCAGCUUUAACAUGGAGCAAACUUCUGCUUUCAAUAUAAUGAAUAGAGUUCACCAAACUCUCAAAAGGACCAAUACAGCCCAAAAGUGAACUUGAAAGGAGGGAAAAUGGUCCUCAACUAGUUUGAGACUGAACUUUGUUAUAUUGAGCUGAAGGGUGACAAAUAUGUAUUGCAUAUUGCAGAUCAUAAAUGAUUUAAGAUGUGAAGAGUAUUGUAAGACACUGCAGACAAGAAUAUUUUUGCACAGCCAACAAGGGUUUGUACGAAUGUGCGAAUUGGGCAUGCCAUUAUUUUUGUGUAUAGUUCCUGUGUAAUAGAGCUCUAGCAAUCAUCUUUGACAGAUGAUGAUGUUUCACAGACGAACACAAUUCCAUUAAUUUUUUGAAUGAGAAGUAUUACUCUCGUCAUUUA